GAGUUACAACCAAUCCUGCAAAGACAAAUCCGUCGGUGUCAGCUAACAGGCCCAACCAAGUCUCAGGCUAUUCAAUCCAAAACCAUGGCCCAGGACAUGACUCUGCUGUGGGGCUCCGGCUCUCCUCCCUGCUGGAGGGUGAUGAUAGCCCUGGAGGAGAAGAACCUGCAGGGCUUCAUCCAAAAACUGCUCUCCUUCGAGAAGAUGGAGCACAAAUCUCAAGAAGUGAUAGAUAUAAAUCCCAGGGGACAGCUUCCCACUUUCAAACAUGGAGACAACAUUGUGAAUGAAUCCUAUGCAGCCUGUUUUUACCUCGAGAGCCAGUUUAAGUCACAGGGGACCAAACUGAUCCCAGACACCCCGGCAGAACAAGCCCUGAUGUACCAGCGCAUGUUUGAGGGUCUCACCUUCUAUGAGAAACUCAAUGCGGUCAUCUACUACGACUGGUUUGUCCCUGAAGGAGAGAAGCAUGACUCGGCUCUGAAGAGAAACAGGGAAGCUCUGACUGCUGAACUCAAACUCUGGGAGGGUUACCUGCAGAAGCUGGGCUCAGGCUCUCAUCUGGCAGGACCCCCCUUCUCACUGGCAGAUGUCACCGUUUUUCCAACUGUUGCUACUCUUUUCAGAUUUGGGUUAUCUGCGGAGUCUUACCCUAAACUGGCUGAGUAUUACUCUCUGUUGAAGGAGCGGCCCAGCAUCAAAGCCAGCUGGCCUCCUCAUUGGCUGGAGAACCCACAGGGACAAGACACACUCAAAGACAUCUGAGAUGUUCACACACACACUUUACAGUCACGUCUAAAAAGUGUUUGCAACUGUUUAAUAUAGUGCUUCUAUUUUUCUGAUGUUUAAAAAAGAAGGAAAGCAAUCAGAUGAGCAUUAUGUUCCAAAUAUAUUAGUGUUACAAUGGCAUUUAUAUGUUUUAUUUUUUGUCAAAUUAACUUUUUUAUUUAAUUUAGAGAUAUCAUUUUGUCAAUUAAUUGAAACUCACAGGUCACUGAAGGCAACAGGCUUAUGUAGUAGACAAAAUAUCACAUGUGGCAUUGUUUGUAUAGCAGCUUUUUGUUGCUCAAAUACAUGUCGUGGUAUAUCUGGCGCCAGUCUCUGCUGACUAAUACAUGAAGAAUUUACUAUAACCAGUUUUCAGUGCAUUCUUACCUCUUUGAGUCUAUUGAUAAAGUCAUUUCACCGCCUGAAUUAAAGUUUGGACGUUACUAUUGCUAUUGUUGAGCUCAUGUAAGUUGAUAUCCAUAAAAAAAAGUUAACAUAAUAUUUACUUCAAGUGCACUGUACCAUAGAUUUUCUAUCUUGUAUCUAGAAAAUGUGGGUGGUGUCGUUAAGGACAUGACCUGAUGGUUGUAUUGUUUAAACGUCUAUGCCAGAACAGGUUUGCUCUACACAAAGCUAACUCAAAUGACAUGACAUUCAUCGUGACUUUGCAUAAAUGAGAUAGUAGAUCUA